CAAGAACAACAAAUAAAUAUCAGACACCCUCGUACUCUAUAUAGAUUGAAAACCUUGCCUUAAAUUCCCAGAAUCUCUCCCCCAAAGAAAAUAAAAUCUAAAUCAAAUAAAAAAAAAAUGGCAGUUGCUUUAAUGGAAAGCAGCUUCCUCUCAAACCCUAUUACAUCAACUUUCAUCAGACCCCACAAAAGAAUUGUUCCUGUUAAACAUGUUUUCAUAUCUUGCAGACAAACCCCAGAUCAAGAUAAUAAUAAUAAUGAUUCCUCAAUGAAAAAUGGGAAGAGCCAGUUGGGUAGAGUGGCACUAGUUGCAAUGGCGGCAGGGUUAUUGACACUGGGUUCUGUUGACCCUGCUGCAGCCGGUAAGAGUGGCGGUAGGGUUGGUGGUCAGGCUUUCCGGUCAUCAGCGCCGCCUCGUUCUUCUGGCCCAAGAAUCAACAAUUCUAGGACAAAUGUGUAUAUAAACCCACGAGUGGCCCCACCUCUAGGUGGCGGAUAUGGUUACGGUGGAUAUGGUUAUGGGGGGUGGGGAUGGUCUCCCUUCUCGUUUUUCGCACCGGGUCCCGCUGUGGCUGUAGGCGGCGUUGGAGGUGGAUUUGAUCUAUUUUUCCUAUUUAUUGCACUAGGUGCAGCUUCUGCUGUUUUCAGGAAAUUCUUUGGUGCAAGAAGAGAAGAUGAUGAUGAUGAUUAUUAAAUACACAACUAUACCUAGAGAGAUUGCUCUUGUAAUUAUUUAUACUUGAGUCCUUUGUAUACAACACAAUUUUGAAAUUUUUAAUAGUUGGACUUUCUUCAACUUAGUUC